UUUUUUUUUUGGUUUCGAAAUAAUAAUAAAAAAAAUCUGCAGAAAGAGAGAGAGGGGAAGAAAAGGGAGAGGGAGGAGAGAGAAGGCACCACCCUUUGGCCCUGGAGAGACCAAAGAUGGUCGAAGAGAGAAAACUCUGAGAUCAUCAUCUUCCUGCAAAAACAAGAAAUCGACUUUUCAAAAAAAAUAAAAAAAUUUGGAUUUGUUUUAUAUAAUUGUUAUCGAUUUCUGGGGAUAUUUUGAUUUCUUAAUCCCCCCCCCACCAACAUUCUCUUGCCCUACCCAUUUUUUGGUUUCUUCAUUGUUUUUUUUUUUCCGGAAACAUAACAAUACAUACGCAUUCUAAGGAAUUCCUUUUUACAGUAUUAAGAAACAACGAGCUGUAUAGAUCCCAGAGAUGAACAUUGUGAUAAAAAGGGUUUUGUGAAUUUAAUUUUCAACCCUGAAAAUGUUGAAGGACCCUGAUAUCCGAGAAUUUUCUUCCUUCUGUAAAUUGUAAUAUAUAGAAGAUAAAAGUUUUUUUUUUGUUUGUUGUGGUUGUAUAGAAGAGAAACUUUGUUGCUUUGUUUCUGGGAAAUGGGUUUUUUUUUGGAUUUUGAUUUGUAAUUAGAAAUUUUUUUAGUAUAGUGUUUGUUGUAAAACAAAACCUUAUAAUGGGUUGUGGAUUCCACUACUCUUGCUUCCUCUUCUUGAUCAUUAGCCUUCAAGCUCCUCUCUCAUUGUCUAUCAAUUCCCAAGGAUUCACAUUGUUGAAAUUCCGGGAAAGAGUGGACUCGGAUCCUCACGGAACUCUUGCAAAUUGGAAUGUUUCUGGUAAUGAUCUCUGUUCUUGGUCAGGGGUAACUUGUGUUGACGGUAAAUUGCAGAUUCUGGAUCUUAGCGGAUGUUCUUUAAAAGGAACGUUAGCUCCGGAACUUAGCCAAUUGAGUAACCUAAAAUCUCUAAUACUCUCCAGGAACCAUUUCUACGGUGGAAUUCCAAAGGAGUAUGGGAGUUUCACAAAUCUGGAAGUCUUGGAUUUGAGAGACAAUGACUUGAGCGGACAAAUUCCACCGGAGCUAAGCAAUGACUAUUCACUAAAACACUUGUUGCUUUCUGGUAACAAAUUUUCGGGUGAUAUGAGAAUAAGGGUCCUGAGACUUCAAUCGCUGUUAAACAAGAGUCCAAAGUACUCUCCUUUCGAUGUUCUUGGCUGUGCAAAUAGAAAACUUGGACACUGUGUUUCAAGAAACCGUCUCAUUCGAGUAAAAAAGGUAGAAGCUUUUGUAUUCCGGAUCAAAGCAACCUCAAGACGUGUCUUGAAAGCAUUCCCAAGUUUUUUGGAAGAAACAGAUAUCUUCAAACGACGUGAGUUACUCGAGGAGGCAAGUAAUUUGGCUGCUGAGACUGCUCCUCCCUCUCCUAGUCCUUCUCCAGGGAUUAUCACUGAAGCUUCUCCUCGAAGUAGCGGGUCUUACCCUGCAGUAACUAAUGCAAAGAAGAGAAUCCCUCCUUUACCUUCUCCUGAUGAGGAAACUAAUCCAGAUUCCUCCAAGAAUCAGCCACAAGAUAAUAAACAGUCAAAAGGAUCGAAACAUGUGUGGCUCUAUGUGGUUAUCGCGGUUGCUUCUUUCGUCGGCUUACUUGUUAUAGUCGCGGUUAUAUUCUUUUGCCGGAAUAGAGCUGUGAAGAGCAUAGGUCCUUGGAAAACUGGUCUUAGUGGACAAUUGCAGAAAGCUUUUGUUACCGGGGUACCGAAGCUGAACCGGUCUGAGCUAGAAACAGCGUGUGAGGAUUUCAGCAAUAUCAUCGAGGCGUUUGAUGGUUACACUGUGUAUAAAGGAACUUUGUCUAGUGGUGUUGAGAUCGCUGUGGCUUCAACAGCGAUUUCUGAGUCUAAAGAAUGGACAAGAGCCAUGGAAAUGGCAUACCGUAGAAAGAUUGAUACACUGUCGCGGAUCAACCACAAGAACUUUGUGAAUCUGAUUGGAUACUGUGAAGAAGAUGAUCCUUUUAACAGGAUGAUGGUCUUCGAAUAUGCUCCAAAUGGAACCCUUUUCGAGCAUUUGCAUGAUAAGGAGAUGGAGCACCUUGAUUGGAGCGCAAGGAUGAGAAUAAUAAUGGGAACUGCUUAUUGUCUGCAACAUAUGCACGAGAUGAAUCCACCCAUGGCACAUUCUGACUUCAACUCAUCGGAAAUAUACCUAACAGAUGACUACGCAGCCAAGGUCUCGGAGAUUCCUUUCAACUUAGAGGCGAGAUUGAAUCCGAAAAAACAAGUGAGUGGUGACUUAGAGCAAGCAUCAUUGCUACUACCUCCGGAACCAGAGACUAACGUCCAUAGCUUCGGACUCUUAAUGCUCGAGAUAAUCUCUGGAAAGCUCUCAUUUUCUGACGAAUACGGAUCUAUCGAACAAUGGGCAUCAAAGUAUCUAGAAAACGACGAUUUAGGAGAGAUGAUAGAUCCAUCGUUAAAGACAUUCAAAGACGAAGAGCUUGAAGUGAUCUGUGAUGUGAUACGAGAAUGUCUGAAAACAGAGCAAAGACCUUCAAUGAAAGCUGUAGCAGAGCAACUAAAAGAAGUUAUUAACAUAACUCCUGAAAAGGCUACUCCAAGAUCCUCUCCUCUUUGGUGGGCAGAACUCGAGAUCUUGUCCUCUGAAGCAACUUGACCAAACCAGAGGUUUUGCCCUCAAUCAAACCCGCUAAGCCGAUCAGAGGUGUCUCUCUUAUUCAUUUAAUGCUCUUUCUCUACACGUUGUACCGAUUUUUUUUUUUUUUUUGGUUUGGUUCUUGGAUCAGUUUUCUUAAACGAACUUUUGGUUCUUGAUUCUUCUUCACAUUCAGUUUGUUUUGAUUAGUGUUUGCUUCUCGAUGGAUUUGAUAUAUAUACGACUUCCGAUAUGUGUUUGUA